UGGCAUCCACAAGCCAAAAGAAUUUACCGGCCUUUGUUUCCCAGUUGCGUACCUGUAGCUACUUGAGUCGCGCAAGAGCCUCCCGAUCGCCUUCGCUCCACUAGCACCCAUGGCAGCGAUCUUAGCUCGCAAGUCUCUCGCUGCUCUUCGGGCUCGUCAUCUCGCUGUUUCAGGACAAGCAUUGCAGGGGCCUUCCGGUUAUGGGGUGCGUUUCAGUGCGCAUCCUUAUAGCACCAAGAAAGAAGAUGAAGAAAGAGAGCAGCUUGCAAAGGAGAUUUCAAAGGAUUGGAGUUCUGUUUUUGAGCGAAGCAUAAACACUUUGUUUCUAACUGAAAUGGUUCGGGGUUUGAUGCUGACUCUAAAGUAUUUCUUCGAAAAAAAAGUUACAAUCAAUUAUCCCUUUGAGAAGGGCCCGUUGAGCCCUCGUUUUCGUGGUGAGCAUGCUCUUCGACGUUAUCCAACUGGAGAGGAACGUUGUAUUGCUUGUAAGCUUUGUGAAGCUAUAUGCCCCGCACAGGCAAUUACGAUUGAGGCCGAGGAAAGAGAAGAUGGAAGCCGUCGGACGACCAGGUAUGAUAUUGACAUGACAAAGUGCAUCUAUUGUGGUUUCUGCCAAGAAGCAUGCCCUGUUGAUGCCAUUGUUGAAGGACCCAACUUUGAAUUUGCAACUGAGACUCAUGAGGAGCUUUUGUAUGACAAAGAGAAGCUGCUUGAGAAUGGAGACCGAUGGGAAACUGAGAUUGCAGAGAACCUUAGAUCCGAAGCCCUGUACCGCUGACUGUCUUACGUUCCCCUUUUGUGUUUGAUGCUAGCAUUAUCUUGAGCAUGAAAUAAAGAGAUCUGUAUAUGGGUCUUGGUGCAUCCGUCGUGGUCAUGGAAUGCCUGCUACACAUUCAAGUUUUUCAUAAAUGAUGUGAAAUGCGUGAAGCAAAUUCAAGUUCAAAUGAUAAUUUUAAAUUGAUGAUGGAUUUGAUGAGAGAAUGAAGAUGAGAUUAGGUGGGUGUAAAAUUUGAACUGGAUUUA